AUGGCCCUGCCCUUGGCAGGCUGGGACGGGAAAGACACGAACCCACCUUUGUGCCUGAGCCCAACCAGGCGCCUCUGUCUUCAUCACACUGCCGUCUUGGUGCCGUCAGUGAACAUGCAGCAGCCCAUCUCCUUCGCUGACCACCCCAUCCAGAUGUGCUGCCCCUCCUGCAACCAGACCAUCGUCACCCAGGUGACAUACAAAAGUGGACUGGUCACCUGGCUGUCCUGCGGGGUCCUGUGCCUGCUGGGGUGCGCGUUAGGCUGCUGCUUCAUCCCCUUCUGCGUGGACGCCCUGCAGGACGUGGACCAUCACUGCCCCAACUGCAAAGCCCUGCUGGGCUCCUACAAGCGCUUGUAGGCCCAGGCCGCACUCCUGGCCCCCAACCUGUCGGGGAGGCCCAUGUCUCCCCUCUCCAGGGGCUCCACGUCUGUGUCUUUGGGGGGC